AAUCAGCGAGCAGAAGUUUUUUGCGAAAAGCGACGAUCUUGACCGCCAAGUUGGAGCGAUUUGUCUUGCUGCCUGUGUCCGGAAAAUCACGCUCGUCUUUGUAAAAACGAGCGGUACUUGAAGUUUAAGGAGGUGAGAAUAGGCUGAGAAAACCUGGUGGCAGCAGCAAUGUCAUUCUGCUGCGCAUUAAGCAACGAGACACCGGAGCAACCGGUGGUGUCUCCAGCAUCUGGAAGUCUGUUUGAACGCCGCCUCAUUUCAAAGUAUAUUCGAGAACAUGGCACGGACCCUAUCAAUGGCCAGCCACUGACAGAAGAUAUGCUUAUUGAUCUGAAGGUUGCUCCUAUAGCCAAGCCACGACCACCCUCUGCUACGAGUGUGCCUGCCUUGUUAAAGGCUUUGCAGGAUGAGUGGGAUGCUGUGAUGUUGCACAGUUUCUCCUUGCGACAGCAGUUACAGACAGCACGACAGGAGCUUUCACACACACUGUACCAGCAUGAUGCUGCCUGCCGUGUUAUUGCACGUCUAACGAAGGAAGUGACAGCGGCUCGAGAGGCCUUGGCCACACUCAAACCCCAAGCUGCAAGUAGUGGUGGUGCUGCGGGAGCUGCCGUGGAGGCUGUUCCUAUGGAGACAACUGAGGAGGCUGGUGGCAUGACUGCCGAGGUGGUGCGCCGCCUGCAAGAAAAGGCUGCCUUGCUAACAGCACAGCGAAAGAAGAGGGGCAAGGCCAUUCCGGAAGAUCUGGCCAAGCCUGAAGAUCUUCGAGCUUAUCAAACGCUGGGUUCACACCCAGGUUUGCAUAGUGCUGGCCUGCCGGGUAUCCUGGCCUUAGAUGUGAGCCCCACUGACCGCAUCCUCACAGGUGGCAGCGACCGAAAUGCAGCUGUCUUCAAUAAAGACACUGAACAAGUGGUAGCUGUGCUGAAGGGUCACACAAAGAAGGUGACAUCAGUAGUGUUCCACCCAGAUGAAGACACAGCAGUGACAGCAUCACCAGACACUACAGUACGUGUGUGGAACAUCCCAUCUGCACAGACAACUCAGAUUAUUCGUGCUCACGAGGGACCAGUUUCUGGCCUCAGCUUGCAUGCAACUGGCGACUACCUGCUGUCAACAUCAACUGACCAGCACUGGGCUUUCUCUGACCUUCACACUGGCCGUGUCCUGGCUCGUGUGCUUGACAACUGCGCCCUAACAGCAGCCGAGUUCCAUCCUGAUGGUCUCAUUUUGGGCACGGGCACAUCAGAUGCCUUAGUAAAGAUUUGGGAUUUGAAAGAGCGCACCAAUGUUGCCAACUUCCCAGGUCACACUGGCUCCAUCACUGCUCUGGCAUUUUCAGAGAAUGGUUAUUACCUAGCCACUGCAGCAAGUGAUUCUGCUGUCAAGCUGUGGGAUUUGCGCAAGCUGAAAAACUUUAAAACCAUUGCUCUAGACGAUGGCUAUGAAGUGCGAGAUUUGUACUUUGACCAGAGUGGUACCUACCUGGCAGUUGCAGGGACAGAUGUUCGUCUCUACCUCUGCAAGCAGUGGGACACACUCAAGAUAUUUUCAGACCACACAGCUUUGGCGACAGGUGUGCGAUUCACUCAUCGUGCCCGCAACGUGGCCUCUGUCUCUAUGGACCGUACCCUGAAGAUUUAUGGGUUAUCAUAAAAAGUACAUGACUUUGGCAUACCCUGGCAACAAGCAUUUGUCGUUCAAGUCAAGAAGAGUAUGGCUCCCUUAUCAUUCAUUAUACCCGGGCAAGAAGCAUUUGUCGUUGAAGUCAAGUAGACUAUGGGUUAUCAUAAAAAGUACAUGAAUUUGGCAUACCCUGGCAACAAGCAUUUGUCGUUCAAGUCGAGAAGAGUACGGCUCUCUUAUCAUUCAUUAUACCCGGGCAAGAAGCAUUUGUCGUUGAAGUCAAGUAGACUCUGGCAUUCUUAUUCAGUAUACCCUGGCAAGAAGCAUUUGUCAUUGAAGUCAAGAAGACUUUGGCAUUCUUAUUCAGUAUACCCUGGCAAGAAGCAUUUGUAGUUCAAGUCAAAAAGACCAUCUCUUUAUGUUUUAUUCUAAUAAAGGUUGCUUCAAAAAGCAUCA